AUGGACGUGCGCGUGACGACGCCGUAUGACGAAGAGCUGGACGACAUCGAGGAGUUCAACAACCGCAUCCUGGCCACGGAGACGCUGAAGCACAAGGGGGAAAGUGUGCAGCGCAGCGGAGACGAGGCGUGCCCGAAUAUAAAGAAGCUGGUUCUACCGGGGGAAGCAAUCCUGAGCAAGAAGGACAAGGGGAGGUUCUUGAAAGGCAGUGGGUUAUACGAAGAGGAUGAGAAAUAUUUCGCAUGCAUCGUAGGUACGGUAAACUAUAUUAACAAGUUAGUGUACGUAGAACCGUUAAGAGGAAAGUACACCGGAGCAGUAGGAGAUUUACUGGUGGGAAAAAUAAAAGACAUAAGUAACGACAAAUGGGUUGUUGAAAUUGGCUCCUACUGCAAAGCACUGCUCUCCAUUUCGCAGACAAACAUCAGCGUCUUUUGCCAAAGAAUAAGACUCUACAAUGAUGUAAUUAAUAUGAUUAAUAUAUAUAAGCCGAACGACAUUAUAGCAUGUGAGGUACAGAGAAUCCUCGCCGAUGGGUGCAUCGUCUUACACACCAGGUCCUCCAUUUAUGGGAAGCUGUCGAAUGGGAUCCUAAUCACAGUACCGCAGACGUUAAUCCAAAACCAGAAAAAGCACAUUUUUGUUUUCCCUUGCAAUGUGCAGGUGAUACUCGGCAUGAAUGGGUUCAUUUGGGUUUCUUCGCCAAUUAAGAAGACCAAGGACACGAACCCGAACAGUGUAGACCAAGAUAUUGAGGAUAACAAAUUCGAGGAGGUGGACGACACCACCAGGAGGAACAUCAGCAUCAUCAGCAACAUCAUUAAGUUGCUCGCCAAAUACCACAUUAACAUUAAUUACGACAUCGUCACGAAGAUUUACGUGCACUACACCUCCAACCGGAACAACUCCGCCACCUACAUUUUGAAGCCCUACGUCUCCGACUCCUACCUCUUCAGCUACAUAGACAAGUUCGCCCCCUGGGGGGGGGGCGGCGCCCUAAGCGCAGGCGAAGCGGAAGCGAAGCGAAGCGACUGGUAA